UUAGCAGAGCGAAUUCAAUUAAUAAUUAUUGCUAAUUGCGUGAUACAGUGGCUAUUAUUUUGAGAUCAGUGACAUUGAUUGUGAUUCCAUACCUCCACAUAACAAUACAGAAGCUAAACUUGUUUGAAAACCAGUCAUUGAAAGAAUGUUGGCCUUGUCAAUGUUUUGUUUGUGAAUUUUUUGCAAUAUUCCGUUACAUCUCUUUGCCCGUUGCGGUUGUUAAUUUACGCAGAUUUUAAUAUUAAAAUAUGAAAAUUAAUCUCGUAGACAGUGCGGUCGUUAUACUUGUGUUGUGUAACGCAUCUCAGACAGCUUCCGUAAGAAAUACAAAUGAUACUGACACCGCUGCAAAAGAUGUAAGACCAUUGACCGUAUUAGAAUACAAACCAAUAAGCUCUUUUCACCACCCCGAGCCGUUUACCUUAGGGCAGUUGGUUUCUGCAGGUACUCCAUGGCCGGAUUCCGCAAAUACGACUCAUAAACCUCCACCAUCGGGGGCGGAAGUUAAACCUACUACUGAUUUAGGAAACCAAUCUUCAACGACAUCAUCAGCUGCAAUUUCUUCCACUGAUUACACAACGCCAUCUGCGUCCAGCGUAGAAAAUAGGUUUGGUGAAGAAGUGAAUAACCUAUCGGGCGGAAAACCUGCAAUCGUUUUGGGGUAUAAACCAUCAAGACCGCCUUACGUUCCUGAUCCAGUAACGAUCGGUCAAUUAAUACCUGCAGGAACUCCAUGGCCAGAUUCACCAGAAGGUUAUCAAACAACCAUUAAGCCGGAUGGAGUCAACAACGCAACAGUAAAACCAAUUACGGUCUUGGAAUACAAACCGACUAGGCCAUCUUUUCUGCCAGAACCUUCAACAAUCGCGCAGUUGGUACCAUCCGGAACACCGUGGCCUGCUUCAGCAAAUACAACUUUGAAACCGCAGCCAUCAUCACAAUCAGAAGACGAACUCCAGUCCCCAGCAACAGUUUUGGAGUAUAAACCAACGAGGCCGUCUUUUCUUCCUGAACCGGUAACAAUUGGCCAAUUGAUACCUUCAGGAACUCCAUGGCCGGAUUCCCCGGCAGGUUACAAAACGACGACAACCACCAAUGGCUCGACAGUCGUGCAAGAGGUAAAGACCACAGUACUUCCACAGGAGAAUAAUCAGACGCGACACACCACGCACAAAGUUCUAGAGUAUACACCCCAAAGGCCUUGGUACCUACCGGAACCGGUGACGAUCGGCCAACUGAUACCGCCCGGAACCCCGUGGCCGGCCUCUCCGACUGUAAAGCCACCCAAACCGUCAACGCAACACGGAAAACCGCAAAGCACUCGACCGCCUCCUCACACCACCAACCGUAUCACACAGAAACCGUUUUCAUCCACGCACAUAAUACUUGGGUAUAAACCGACAAGGCCAUGGUACCUACCGGAACCGGUAACAAUCGGUCAAAUCAUAUCGCCCGGUAAACCUUGGCCCGCAUCCGCCGACGAUUUUAGCGCGAAUGUAAAAGGUAUCGAGCAAACGGUAGGGAAUUCGCAACCUUAAUUUCCGCUGCAGAUCGUAUAUUUUUGUAAGAAAUAAUUAAUAAAUAUGUAAUCGUUAAUUGUUGUAAUUAAAUGGAAGACGAUUCCCUAAUGUGGGGCCUAAUUUUUACUGCUGGACUAAGAAGCUUGAUCAGAAGUGUAUACACAUUCCCGCGAGCAUUCUGGAACGGGCUCCAGACCUUCCUAGCUCUUUAGACGAUUUUUACGCAUUUUCCAACUCAUGUUGGAAAGCGUUAUUAUGGGCAUUUUCUCCGUCCGUCAGUCU